CAGUAACAAGGGAGUUUAUCGGCAAAGGAUAAGGAGCUUAUUUUAAGAUGGCUGUUUCAUCGCUGCCCCAUUUUGCCAUGAUGACCCUUAACAUCCUCCUGGGAAUCCUGUUUGUCCUGGCAAACAGAAACUUCUGUGGAACUAUUUUUGAGACGCAACUUGACCAUGCCUUGGUGGGUUACGUUAUGCACAAUUCUGUUGUUGUGUCCGAGUUUGAAUGUCAGCUAAAAUGUAUAGGAAAUAAUAAUUGUAAGUCGUUUAAUGUUCAUCCCAGUGAUGGCAAUGCAAGCCGAAUUUGUGAGUUGAACAACAAAACGCGGCAGAUGAAGCCAAGUGAUUUUAAACAGAAGAAAGGAUCUACUUACUAUGGUUCUGUUCAGGCCUCCUGCGUGGAUGUUUCCCAUGAACGAAAUAGACCGACAAGGUGUCAUGCGGGAUACAAAGGAACACAAUGUCAAAAACUUGUCCUAAAUGUUUUCAUCCGCAGUGAAGCGUGCGAGGAUCCAGGAAAGGCAACAAACUCAUGCGGCUUUGCUUACAUAAAAGUGAAUGGAAAGGAUUACUCUCCUCAUCUCAGAGGGCAUAAUGUGGUUGUCAUCAGCGCUGUUACAGGUUCCGUGCUUGCCUCAAAAGCAUUUGACACUUUUGGGAAUAGUACUGCUGGUAAUCGCUUGAGAGACCAUCUUAACAGCAUAAAAGGAGAUAAAAUCGUUUUGAUCGCGAUCCAAGAUGAAGGCUCAGUGUAUACAUCACCAGCGAUUGAUGCUCUGAAGAGAGUUGGCGCUACUGAUGACCUUCUCAACGUGACAGAAUACUUAGGAUCUUUUGCCCUGGUAGGAUACGCAGGCGUGGACAAACCAGCUUGGAUUGCACAACAAAAUGCCGAGAGAGGAAAGGGACCCAGUGAGAUAUCUUUGAUGAUCCCAUCAUCGGCAGCUACCAAAGGUUUAUAUUACAAUAAGCCUGGAAACUCCUGCAAGGACAUCCGGAACUCUGGUUUCUUUAAAAAAGACGGGGAGUACUGGAUCGACCCUGAGAAGAACGGAAAGCCUUUGAAGGUCUACUGUGACAUGACAACUGACGGAGGAGGUUGGCUUCUUGUCUCUAAUCUUGUGGUGGAUGACCCGUCCUUGCGAGAACUUUCGAUUGAGUCUUCAUACCGUAAAAUUAACAACUGUCACAAGGAAAAAGUAUUCAUCUCAGAAAAUGCCAUGAAAGAACUCAGAUCACACCUGUCUUUCACUCAACUGAGAUUCCACUGUAGUAAACAAAGAGGACGCACGUUCCACGUGACCACGGUUGCUAAUAGUUCUGGUGAAGCUGUAGUCCAGUACUUCAGCGGUCAGACAGAUACCCGGCCAUUGGCCUGUGGCUCUUUUACCAGAAUGGAUGAUGACGAUUCCAAAACAGCUGGAAUUUGUAACCUUUGGGCAGAACAGCGAUGGGGUAUAGCAGAGCCAGUAAACAAGAGGUUAAAUGAUCAUGUUAACUUUGUCAGCGGGACACAUCAUUGGGUGCUGAGGGAUGGGAGCCACAGAUGGGAAUGCGAUGACACCAACUAUCCUGGGGUUGAAUAUUUUGAUUUGUCCCCUGGAGAUUUCUGGAAAGUUUUCGUUCGUUGAAGCCUCUAAACAAAUAUUACCGGCUACCCACGAUUAUCUACAGCUGCUUAAAUUUUCCUAACAAACGUUUAACUAUUCACUUGACUCUGAUGAUGACUUCCGCCUAGGUUGUUGAAACGUCUGUCACCACUACAGCAUUCCUUCUCAGGACUACACCCACCCGGACGAUCAGACUUCACUAUCGGUUCAUCUUCAGUGUAAAAACCUGUGAAGCUCACGAGUGACGUAAAACAAAGACAACAAAACAUUAUAAACAAUAGCGUACAGCAAAACAAUACCUCAUGAAACAAAGAAAACCUCGUCAGGAUUUUACACCGUGGAUGACCCUCACUAUCACAUGUUACCCCCGGGUUCAAACCAUUUUAUUGUGAAACUUUUAACUACCAACCAGGAAUCAAAUCACCUUUGACGUAAAAACAAAACAAAAUUCUGUAACUUUUCAUCUUCGACGUGGUUGGUAACAAGACCACUGAGAGGUUAUGUUGAGACGUAGAAAUAGGGUUCAUCUGAAAUAACAGAAGCAACGACAAACAACUUUGUACUCCUUUCAAGCUCAAGAACUUUAUGAUGCUGCCCUCGCCUUCUUCAAAUACAUCAUGGACGAGCCGUUUUAGGCUAUAAGUUUGAAACAAUUUUUUACCAUUUCUUCCGGCAGCAUAUUCAACAUUCGUGUGACACGAAGUUCAGGGCAUGGCUGCGUGUUGAAAUCCACUAGGGACUUUAAGCAAACCACGACGGCGGCGGCAACGAGAACGUGGAAAAACAAUAGAUCUAAUUGGCAGAACAA